UAUUCUGGAGAUAAAGGUCGGAGUUUAUUUGCAUUAAUAAAUAUGUACCAUAUCUAUUCCAGUUAGUGCCGACGAAGUCUUUCUUCUAACACGCACAAUGAUGCCACAAUCUAUAUUUAACUCCCACAUGGCAGGCAUUUCUCACCAGCUGUUGACUUGCCACAUGUUGCAUUUGAUGGCAAAUAAGCUUAGAAACUAGCUAGUAAUAUCGUAAGUGUAAAAGAUUGCUUUUAUAUGUGUGUUAACAAAGUGAUAGAAAAUUUGAUACAAGAUAUCCUAUAAAAUUAUACUUUCAUUUCAAAUUCAGCUCGUCAAUUAAGUGAAGACCAGUAACUUGAGUAAGUGUGUUUGUGGUGGACAGGUGCGUGAAAAGUUGCAUAUUAUUUGUUUAACUUUCACAGUAUUUGUGUCAGAACUUUCCGUGAAGUUUUGUGAACCAUGUCAAACUCAAAACGUAGUUGCCAUGACAUUGUUACCAAUGGGGAGUUAAAACAAGAAUUAUCAGAUAAACUAGUAAAUGUACCAGGUGAUGUAACUGUGUUAUGCUGUCUCAGGUUGAAUACUUUUUCUAAAACUGUGCAGUUUUGUAUUUGCACUCUUGGGAUUUUUAUAUUUUACUUGGCUUACGGUUUUUUCCAGGAGCUAAUAUUUCGCUUAGAUGGAUUUAAACCUUAUGGUAUGUACUUGACCUUGAUCCAGUUUGUUUUUUAUUCUGUGUUUUCAACAAGUGAGCGAUACAUUAAAGGUGACCAACAGAGAAGGAUUCCUUGGAAGACAUAUGUCUUAUUGGGACUUCUAACUGUGGGUACAAUGGGUCUGUCAAAUUCAUCAGUUGGAUAUCUCAACUAUCCUACUCAAGUUGUCUUUAAAUGUUGUAAACUUAUACCAGUUCUAGUGGGGGGCAUCAUAAUACAAGGAAAGAAGCAUGGAUUGCUUGAUUUUGUAGCAGCAGGAUGUAUGAGCCUGGGUCUGACCUCAUUCACUUUAACAGACAGUCAGGUGUCCCCAAAUUUCAACAUCAAGGGGGUUCUUCUGAUUUCUUCAGCUUUAGUAACAGAUGCAAUCAUUGGUAAUGUGCAAGAAAAAUCCAUGAAGGUGCAUGCAGCCAGUAAUAUGGAAGUUGUUUUUUACUCAUACACUAUUGGCCUAGCUUACAUCUUUAUUAUUUUGAUAGUGCUGGGUCAGCUUGGUCCUGCUUUUUUAUUUUGUGCACAGCAUCCUAUGGAAACCUAUGGUUAUGGCUUUAUGUUUUCUCUGGCCGGGUUUUGUGGAGUUCAGCUCGUCCUAGCCCUUAUUAGAACUUUUGGUGCCUUUGUUGCUGUGACAGUCACAACUUGUCGGAAAGCUGUCACCAUUAUUCUUUCAUUUAUCAUCUUUUCAAAACCAUUUGACUACCAAUAUCUGUGGUCGGGGUUAAUUAUCCUUCUAGGAAUCUACUUGAAUUUUCAUAGUAAACAGAAACACAACUGGAAUUUUCAUCAACAUAAAAUCUUCCUUCUCUUUGGACAAGUUCUUGGAUUUAACAAAAAAUAUCAUUUGAUUGAUCAGGAAUUGAACUCUGUUUGAACUUCUAGGUUUUAGUUUUUAAUGCAACAACUUUCAGCACAUGUUGCACUGAAAUUGAUAUUUUUUCUCUAUGAAGUUCUACUAAAAGAGGAGUUUUUAAUAAUCUGGAACUAAUAUUGUUACACGUUGUUUUUUUUUUUUUCAGCUAGGCCUUUGGGUGGGGAGUAACACUUGGCAUUAACAACCUAAACUAGGUCAGAACAGGUAUCUUGCUAAAAAAGUAACUAAAAUGGGUUUAAUUGUUGUAAAUUUUAAUGUGUUUUAUAUUAUCAAUGGAUAAUAUUACAGUACUUUAGAAUAAUUAGUGUUACGGAUAAGAUGCUCACAUUGUUAUCAUGAGAUGACUCUUUAACUCUGUUUCAGAGUUUGAUUUCAUUAUAGCAUUAUAUAUUUAUCUAGUCAUUGUUAUUUAGAAAUAAAUCGUAAGUUAAUAGAAACCCUAUUUUUAUUUAUGAAAUUUUGUUUAUAUGUUUCUUCCUUAGAAUGAAAAUGGUCUGUUAGUGAUUAUCAUUCUAUUAAAAAAUAGUUAAAUAUUCUGUGUCAACAUUCUACCAGAAGUUAUAUCAUUAAAAAGCACGGAUUUAUAGUAAUUCGUUUUCUGCAAGUAGUUUAUUAUGUGUUACCAAUCAUGUACCCAUUUUCUGUUAAUAAGUGUGAAGAGGUAGUUACCAUUGUUGUAGUAAUAUCUGCCAGUAAUCAUGACAUUACCUGUUAAAAAAAGUAUGAACUGGUAGCAUCAUUGUAUUGACUGAUAGUAAUUAACAAUCAAAUUUCAUACAAAAAAUUAUAUGACACAGUUAUUGUUUAAGAGGUUUUUUUUGAUGUGUUAUACAUGGAACAUUGCCAUUCAGUGAAUGCAGCAUUAAAAAAAUUCCAUUCCUAGUUAAAGUCAUUAAAUUUUAAUUUUUGCUGUUGCGCUUCAGAAGCAGAUUACAAAAUGUUAUGAGACAUUUGCUGUUGAAG